AUGGCCGAGUUUGCAGUGGCAACUGUUCUCGCCGUCCUUCCUCUCGUCCUCGGCGCUUUAGACCAGUAUGCCGAGAUGGCCACAAAGUUCAAAACCGUCUCGCAUUAUUCUUCCGAGCUGAGGGAGCUGGACCUUGUCAUGAGAACCCAGAACUGGAUUGUCAGAGAGACAGCCAUCCAGCUCCUCGAAUCGAUUAGCAGCGCUCAUCUGAGUCGGCUCAAGGACGUGUGGGACGGGUUUGACCUCUGGAACCUUGCACUGCUGCAGGUUAAUUCAUCCAUAGACUCGAUAUACCAAAAACUCGAUAAGCUGCAUCCGCCAGCUGGACAGGUGGCUCCUUUUGCCAGAAAGGUCAAGCUGUCCCUGACCAAAGCGGAGCUGAAGAAGAUGAUCCAGAGCCUCCGGGACUCAGUCAGCGACUUCAAAACGCUGAGCACCUCGUCCAAGCUGUACGACAUCAUGCGGUGCUCCUGCGUCUCGCACCAUCGCCACCUUAUCAGCACUGGCCUGCUAGACCACGCUGCGUUGCAGCAAAACCCGCAAAAUGUCGUAUUUAGCCUUGCCGUUAGCUCCUUUCACCACAGCAAUCCGGACCCCGUGAAGUCCAUCAUACUCGAGGUCGAGUCUUGCCUGGCCUGCGACUUCGGCCUGGGCGAGGACAACUUUACCGACGCCGACCUGCAGGGCGCCUUCCUGGUCGACGUGGUCGUGGCCCUCGAAAGGGCCGAGUAG